AUAGUAAGUUGUAUUAAAAUAAAACAUUCAAAGUGCCAUGAGAACCGAUUUUUUAAAGCGAGAUCAUACCAACAAGAUUUUAAUGCUUUUAGAUUACAAAAUGAAAAGAAAAAAAAAAACUUAAAGAUUACACGAAGAAAAACUAUUAGCAUCCAAAAAAUCAGAGUCACGACCCACUAAAGUGAAAGUUGCUUGUUUUCUUCAAGGACUCAUUGGCCGAACAAUGAUUUACUUUCGCAAAGUUGCAUUCUAAUUAAAUAAUGAUAAUUUGUAAGUGACUUAUAGAUGAUAAGAAUAUUCGCCAUUUCAUCCGACGCACAAUGACUCUCUCCCAAAAAAUUGGAAAAGAAAAACUAAUAAAACUGGUCAAAACUUAAUAAAAAAUGAAAUAUACGAAGCAGCCAUGGUUUGUCGGGGUAAAAGGAAAAGGUCCCUCAUCAUUGCCUCUUUAAGCUAGAAUCGCAUUCAGUCACCGGUCGGAGUUGGGCUGCUGCUAUGCCACCGAUGGGCCCCGCCGCCGCCGCCGAAGUGUACGUGCCGAUGACCCUUCAAGUAUGGUGGGGUCUCGUGAACUGGGCGGGCUUCUUCUACCAGAUUAUUCUUCAGAUCCUGAGAGGCGCGCCUUGCCUACCUCACCUGCUGUCCUGCAUUUCUUCCUCUUCUUCUCCUGCUUUCAGGCCUCUGCCCGUCGCCGAAGUCCCUCUCAACGACUUGUCGUCCUCCGCCCACGUCGAAAACGGCGUCUUGGAUGGUCGCCCCGUCGAAAAGCUCACGGUAGUUCUUGAUUUGGAUGGGACUCUAGUGUGUGCUUAUGAGACAUGUAGUGUGCCUGCAAUUGUUCGCGCUCAAGCAACGGAAGCUGGGAUGAAGUGGUUUGAGAUAGAAUGUCUAUCUUCAGAGAAGGAGUCUGAUGGUAAACCGAAGAUCAAUUACGUGACAGUGGUUGAACGUCCUGGUUUGGGAGAGUUCUUGAAACGGGUUUCUGAGUUUGCUGAUCUUGCGCUAUUCACUGCUGGUCUUGAAGAUUAUGCUAGACCACUUGUUGACAGAAUUGAUGUGGAGAAUCUGUUUAAGCUUCGCCUUUAUCGGGCUUCUAGAGUUAGCACGGAAUGUCGGGAACACGUGAAAGAUUUAUCGUGUUUGUCAAAAGAUUUCUCUCGGAUUGUCAUUGUUGACAAUAACCCAUUCAGAUUUGUAGAAUCAAACAAUGCCCACAGAGAC